CAGUCUCUCCCGACUGCUUCAGACCUAUAGGCGCUUGUCUGGAGGCCUCCGCUCAGGUCUCUUUCCUUCUCUCGAGAUGCCGAGUAAGAAAAAGAAAUACAACGCUCGUUUUCCCCCGGCAAGAAUUAAGAAGAUUAUGCAGACUGAUGAAGAAAUAGGAAAAGUUGCAGCCCCUGUUCCUGUCAUUAUCUCUCGUGCACUAGAACUGUUUCUGGAAUCACUUCUGAAGAAAACAUGUCACGUCACACAGUCUCGAAGUGCCAAAACUAUGACUACAUCACAUCUUAAGCAGUGUAUCGAGCUUGAGCAGCAAUUUGACUUCCUGAAGGAUCUCGUAGCUACUGUUCCAGACAUACAGGGUGAUGCAGAAGACAAUCAUACUGAAGGAGAGAGGGUGUCACGGAGGAGCCGGAAACCAGGAAGUAGUCGGAAAAAUGGGGGAUCCACCAUGAAAGGAAAGGAUAAGAAGCAGUCAGAGACCGAGUCAGAACAAGAGGAGUCAUCUGAAGGUACAGAAUCAGAAGGAGAGGAAGAUAUGUGCCCCGAUCCUCCUGUAGGCAACCAAUCACAAGUCACAUUUCAGAGCCCCCAGGCUCCUUCUUUCAUUAAUUUCCAUUCUGGGACUGCACUACCCCAAGUACCCGCUGCUCUCCCAGCUAUGCCCGCUCCAUUGCCUCCUACUGGCUGUGAAGAAGAGGAGGAGGACUAUGAUUCGUAGCCAAUAGCUGGACCCUGUUUAAUUCCGUUUUCAUUUAUUCGCUUUGUUUUUUUAUUUUUAUUUUAAAGGGGCGUCUACGCCUUGUGGGGGGGGGUUGUUAUAUGUGUUCUUAAAUUUAUUAAAAAAGGAUGUGGAGGAUAAAAA